GAAAUCACUGGCUCUCAUGCAUUGGGAGACUGAACUUCAGAGAGAGCAAGGGGGGCAUGCCUGCUCAACACUACUGACUGCAAGUUAUGAAUUCAUGACAAUAUACUUGAACAAAACUAGUUAUUACAGUACAUUUUAAAGUAUAUCUUGUUCAAUCAUCUUUGUCUUGGAACCUCUCUAUUCAUUUUUCAAAUGAGUGCCACGAGGUACCUCCACAUAUUAAAUUCAUCAGCAAUGCCGGUUCCUGUUAUGCCUGUAGACAUCGCUAUGCGCAUGUACAUCACACACUCGCCACCUCUCCGUAGCUUCCUCAGUUCCCAUGAGGACUUGAGGGCCAGGAACCGGGCAAACCACUACAAGCCCCUACAGCCCUGCAUCAGCUCCCAGAGGCCCCUGGAGGGCACCAGUCUGGUCUGGAAGAGCCCCAACACAACCAUGAAGACCUCAAAGGGCAAGAAGAGAGUGGUCUUCGCCGACUCCAAAGGCAUGUCCCUCACAGCCAUCCACGUCUUUUCAAAGUUUGAUGAGGAGCCUGCGUUGUCCAACUUUCAAUUUGACCUCAUAGACCUGGAGAAUGCCACCAUGGAGCUGAAGAUCAGCACCAAGCGAAGCCUGGCGCUGGACUUUCCCCAACCCGCUGCAGACUAUCUGUCCUUCCGGAACCGGCUGUUGAAGAAUUCUGUGUGCCUGGAAAACUGCACACUGCAGGAUAAGUCACUCACGGGCACCGUGAAAGUCCGAAACCUUGGCUUUGAGAAAUCUGUCCAUGUCCGGGUAACUGUUGACUCAUGGAAAACCUACACAGACAUUGACUGCACCUUUAUGAACAACGUCUACAGUUGCCAGGACACAGACACAUUCGCCUUUGUCUUCAAACUGCCCAGUUACGUAUCUCCUUAUAACAGAGUCGAAUUCUGCAUAUGCUUCAGAAGCAAAGACCAGGUUUUCUGGGACAAUAAUGACGGUAAAAACUACAUUCUCAAACCAAUUGGGUGGAAUGGAGAUGAUGUGAAAACAAUGCCCAAAACCCCUGUUGAGCGUAAGAAACCAGAAGAGCACAAGAACUCCAGUAAACUACUGGAGAUGGGGUUUGACCAGUUUGCAAGUCCCCGCUCAUCAAGUGGACUCUUUCCUGGGUUGCAAAGCUGGGGCCGAAUUGAGAAUGGUGCCAACUACUGGUGAAAUUAGGGAAGACUUUCAGCUACAGUGAAGAGUUAUAACAGGGAUACACUUGGAGCUGAGGGAUAGCAGUACUAGUGACAUAACUUAUCUUAAAAAGUCAAAAGCUGCUUUGAAUGCAAUGAAGCACAUCAAGAAAUAACAAGUGUAUGGAAAUAUGGACCAUGGCUAGUUUCUACUGCUAUUUGGUUACCAUAGAGAUACUUUCUUAAUAUGAUCAGAGAGAUGGAGGCAAUUGAUUUUAUUUUAAUUUUACAUGUGAUUCUUGUGUAAAGUAAGUUAGUGCCUUCUCAAUAUCCUUCCUGUUAUAAAACAAAUACCCAUUGAAAUUUAAGUUUGACAAUCUGUAACCUGGUAUUAGCCCAUUUUCAGGGUUGGAAUUUAUCGUAAGCAAAUGCACUGAUUGAGAUGAACUUCCUGAUUUCCAUACAUACAGUAUGUGGUGGGAUCGGACCAAUGGGAUGUCCUUCAUAUUGAAGGGUAAGAGUGGUAUCAUCCAUCUGUGAAAAAGUAAAAUACAAAUGUAUAUGAAUUUCUCAGUAAAUAAAGGCAAAUUAUAAAAUGUACCUUCAACAUCCUUUGUACCUUCAAAAUAUAUGUUUUUAAUGAAGACUCGUGUCAUUUGAUUUCUCAACAUUGCUGUCUCAUGUAUCUCUUUUCAAAUGCUUAUUAUUGUAUUUGAUGCAAUGUGAAGUUGUAUUGAAAAGAUACAAUCAGGAAAUGUAAUUAUCACGGUCUGUUGUCUCAUACAGGAGUUAAUGCUGGUAUGUUUUUCUUUCCCAAUAAGUGCCCUGAUAAUGUUAAGUCAGUAUUACAGAACUAUGCCUUGUGGUGGACCUAUUCUAUGUUUAACUGGGCUCUAUGAAUGGUGAUUGUUCUUAUUUCUAUACGUGUAAUUCUGGUGUGAGUGUUGAGCAGUGGUGUGGCUGAAGUAUGUAUGUACACAAUUUUAUAUUAUUACUGUGAAAAAAGGUUGGUUAUUGUGCUCUUGAAGGUGUGCUUAAAGUGUAUGUGAUCCUUUUAGAAAUAAAAUGUUAUAUUGUACAAAACA